CGUGAGUACGUGAUCAAGUUGAGAGUUCACGGCAAGUGUGAAAGAUGGCGGUUGUGCCCUUCAUUUUGCGCUCCAAAACAGAGAUACUGUUUGAAACAGUGUUUCAGAGUCAGUUGGCAGUUUUUGCAAGGUUUGCUUCCAAGAAAGCAGGGGGAAGCAGCAAAAAUUAUGGUUCAGGCAGUCCUGGUCGCAGAUACGGAUACAAGAGGAUGGAUGGAAACUUUGUCCAUGCUGGCAAUAUACUAGCAACGCAGCGUGCUAUUCGCUGGCACCCAGGAGCACAUGUUGGCAUGGGGACCAACAAAACACUAUAUGCCCUUGAAGAUGGCACCGUCAGAUAUACAAAGGAGGUGUAUAUACCUGGACCUCGCACUAUUGAAGCACUCAGACUUAUCAGAAAACUUCCUGAAGGAGCUGUGCUCUACAAGACAUUCAUCAAUGUUGUUCCAGUCAAACAGGAGGGAAAAUUCAAACUAGUGGGCAUGUUGUGAUACUGGAUCUUUUUGCCUUCUUGGGAACUGGUAAAUUGUCAGGAAGGUCUUCUAUAAUGGUGGACUUUUUUUGCACUGGACUUGUUUAUAUUGUGGAAAAACCUGUUGAUCUCUCCAGAAAAAGUAUUAAAAAAAUCCCAUAUUAA